AUGGCAUUUGACGGGAAGAAGGGUACGGGCAUAGGCCAUCUACCCGAUCAUCUGCUGCUCGAGAUUGGUGGCUGGCUACGCGUGUGCAGCAAUCUAUACGCUUUGAUCUUGACAAGCAGGCGUUUUCACAACUUGUUUGAAAAGGAGCUUUACCGACUCGACACGAGUGGAACGAGAUUCUCGAAAUCGCUCCUGCGAGUGUCCGAGUGCGACUAUGUUCUUGUCAACAAACUCACCAAGUUCGGCUGUAGUCUUGAUGUCAGCUGCCGUCGUCUCUCGUCAUCAGGAGAAGAGAUGACAGCUCUCGUUCGAGCUAUGCGUAAAAACCAUUUUGGUUUGGCUGCAGUUCUCGCAUUGGCCGGCGCAAACGUGGACAAAGCGCCCAACGCCUCGAACAUCCCUGUGUUUAUGGCGCUGGAAGAAAAGACUGGCCUCGAUAUUUUUAAGAUGCUGAUUACAGUCGGGAAUGCCGAUCUCACUGUGUUGAACGAAAAGGGCCACGGACUGCUCACAGCAGCGUCCUCCAACGACAAUAUAGAGGCUGUCCGCUACCUGCUGUCUUAUCCGUCUCGGCUCAACGUCAAAAACACUGAGAAGUCUACCCCGUUCCACCAAGCGAUACGCAAUGAUAAUUUCGAUAUGCUUCUACUACUUCUGAAUAGCCAGUAUACAUAUCCGAACAUGCCCGACGAGCACAACACAACCGCGCUGGAGCUUGCGUGCACCCUGGGCAGACUGGACCAUGUGCAUGCUCUGUUGGACGACAUUAGGAGUGCAUUCGGCUUCCCCUACCACUGGGGCUAUCUCUCUUCUAAAAUCUUGGGAAGCGAGUUCUCCUGA